AAGGUUUUGGAUAUACUAACUACAGUAAUUUGUGAUGAAGCGGUUAUGAGACAUUGUUUAAUGGAGUAUCACACCAUCUGUGACUAAUUUAAUUUUUUUCCAAAAUUGUUGUUAUGCCAGGGUCUUAGUUUCCGUCUUUCAAACUUUGGACAAUUAAAUAGUUUUAAACAGCCUCAUUGAAAACAGAUGUGUCUCGAGGUCACAGUUUGUCAAAUAUUUAAUGAUUGCAACAUUUUCAUAAAAUCUUAAAUCUUGCCCCAAAUAGUACACAUCCACAGAAAAGAUUGGUGUCAAUUUGUUAGCCUCCUGGCGAUACGUUAUGAUUUAUGAAAUUUGUGUAAGUUUGUUGUCCAUACUGUAGUUGUGUUUGUACAGUACAUGCAUUAGGAGUUAUGUGGGCAAGUGUUGUUAUGACGUCCUUUAGGUAUAGUUUUGCUACUUUUGCAAUAACAAUUAUCACCAAUGGCAUGAAUGUAAAAUUAUGUCCUUAAGCCAGAGCAAAUUCGCCACGGUUUCAUCCAUCUGCUGAUGAAACAGUUUAAUUAUGUUAAGCAAUAACAUAUCGUACGUACAUUCAUAUAUACAUUCGGACAUCCAUACUGUAUGUGAAUGUAUGGAUGUCCGUUAGCUUUGCUCUUAUUAGAGUAAUGCGCAUUUAAAAAUCUGCAAAUCUCAGAGGCAACACUGAUAAUGGAUUACUGAUAUGAGGAGCAGAGGGGAAGUAACUGAACAUUGUCUUGCAAAGGAGUGCCGCGACCGUGACAUUUUACUCAGGUGGAGCAGGGGAGAAGGACCGCGCACCAAUCAGCCAUGAAUCCUUCCUGCUCAUGGCGAACUCCCAGACAGACAUGGAUGACUGGGUCAAGGCCAUACGGCGCGUCAUCUGGGCACCGUUUGGAGGAGGGAUAUUUGGCCAGCGAUUGGAGGACACAGUGCAGUAUGAGAAAAAGUUUGGCCCCCGGCUGGCCCCCCUGCUGGUGGAGCAGUGUGUGGAUUUCAUCAGGGAGAGGGGCUUGGACGAGGAGGGUCUCUUCCGAAUGCCAGGUCAGGCCAACCUGGUCAAAGAUCUGCAAGAGGCCUUCGACUGUGGUGACAAGCCUCUUUUUGACAGCAACACAGAUGUUCACACUGUGGCAUCCUUGCUGAAGUUAUACCUGCGAGAGCUGCCUGAACCUGUCAUUCCCUUUUGCAAAUAUGAAGACUUUCUGACAUGCGCACACCUUUUGGCCAAAGAUGAGGAGGAGGGAGUUCAGGAGCUCGGGAAGCAAGUUAACACACUACCUCUGUCUAACUACAAUCUCCUCAAGUACAUAUGCAAAUUCCUUGAUGAAGUCCAAUCUCACUGUAAUGAAAACAAAAUGAGCGUCCAGAACCUUGCCACAGUUUUUGGGCCUAACAUCCUUCGACCCAAGAUGGAAGACCCAGUCACUAUCAUGGAAGGGACCUCUUUAGUCCAGCACCUAAUGACGAUUCUGAUCAGGGAACACAAGUGUUUGUACUCAGGGAGGGACCAGGAGGGCCUCAGUGUACCCCAAGCUGAGCAUCAGCUCCUCAAUCGUACCCUUGGCGCCUGGAUCUCUGAAGAGGACUUGCAGAGCUGCCCCAUCUCUAACCCAGAACAAGAACUGAACAGCAGUGCCUCGUCACUUGAAGCCAAACUGUGGGCCGCCGUCACCGCCACGCAGAACCCUAACCCAAACCCUGGACCAAAACUGGGGUCUUCGUCGGCAAAGGGGGAGACAGUGGUGAGCCCGAGUAAACAAGCCAAGAGCAUCCCUUCAUGGAAGUACUCUUUUAAAAGCUCCUCUUCACCUCGUUGUCAGCCGCAGCCUAAGCAGAGCGGCUCUGUGGUGGAACCGAGCGCCGUGUCUUCUGGCGGAGGAGGAAGUAGUAACUGGCUGAUGAACGGUUUGUCCUCCUUGAGAGGGCACAGACGCACCUCAUCAGGUGAAAGGUCAGCCCGGGACCGUGACUCCACCGGCUCGUCACAAAGACUCUCCACCUAUGACAACGUCACCUCCUCCUCCAGUAUGGGCAGCGUUCAGAGUGUAGGCAGCACUCCUUGGUCCACCUCCUCCUGUGAGAUCUCAGUGCCAGAUUCUGGGAGCGGCGAUCCCUCGGCCCACCACAACUCUGGAGCGGUGCGUGAAGGUGAAGGUGGGGACAAGGGGGAGUGGACGGAGAGUCAGAGGGAGCCUGAGAUGGGAUGCGACGGGGGGGGGACCACAGAGCCGAGCUCUGAGCAGGACAGCUGUGAGGCCUGCGGUGAGAAUGGCAAUGCGAGCAUGGUAGCUGGAGUUCCGUCCAUCAUCAUGUCUGAGGAUGGAGACGGAAGGAACGUCGCACUGAGCAGUCUGGUAGAGGACCUCAAGAACGAGCUCAGGAAACAGAAGGCUGCUUAUGAGGCCAGAAUCCAAAAGUUGGAGGACUCCAGUGCUGUCCUGUGCGCUCACAUGGAGCGUUUAGAGCAGGAGAUGGAGCAGGAGAAGAAGCGGCAACGCAUGCUGGAGAUCAAACUGCGGAACUCCGAGCGAGCUCGGGAGGACGCAGAGAACCGCAACAAACUUCUGGAGAAGGAGAUGGAGGACUUCUUUUCCACCCUGGGAGAUCUUACCAUGAGUACGAGGACCAGCGAUAUUUGACCUGAAUGGUGGGACAAAGUCACGGUUUGUUUUAGAAAAGGGCUCACAGCAUCCUCAAUGCAGCAGGAUGUUGGGCCAUGUUUGAGUGCACUGAAGACCACAAAGAGACUCGGAGGAGGAAUUGGGGCCAGACUUUGAGGAGUGGGGAGUGCAGUGCACCGUUAAGCAUGCUUCACAUGGAACAUGAAUGCAGUCACUCUUCUUUACUGGUGAGCACUGAUCGAUGUGACCAAACUGUACCAAGUCAAAUGAUCAAUGAAUGCAAUACCUGUCUCUGCUGUUUCACAUGGUGACGUAUGUUUGCUAAAUAUUAAGAUACAUUAAACCUCCACUAUUCGAGCGUGAUAGGGACCGAGCCCUGCCAUGAAUAGCAAAAAAAAAAUAUAAUAAUUGACACCCCCAAAUAAAGGUUGAGAAUUCCCUAUAUUAAAAGCUUAAACUAAAUAUACAACAAACGCACUCAUAUCAAUUCAAAUUCAUUUUACAUCACCCUUAAAAAAAAUAAUCCAUAAAAAUAGCUAUUUUCACACAAAAAUAAGACCUCGCUUGUUUGUUAGCUUGAGCUUUUUAAUAGCCGUUCAAGCAGAGCAAAAGCUAAAUUUAGCACGGCCCCAGCAUACAUCGAUCUUUGAACAAUCGAGACGUUUGACUUGCAACAUACUUCCUUGACACCAAUUACUACUUUCUAAAUAGCCAGGGCUAUAACGGCAUCUUAUGGCGUCUUACAGAAAGCGCACAAAAAAAAAAAAAAAACGGAAAUUUUUAAAUGAAUAGCUGAGCAUAGGUACCACAGAAAGAAAUGCGAAUAGGUUCACUAUAGUCCCGAACCGCGUUGCUAAAUUCACAUCUGUUCAAUUAUUUAUUUAUUUAUUUUCAACUAUUGCUAUUGUACUUUAGUAGCCAGUAAAGUGGAGGUUCCUCUGCUCACAUAUUGGAGCAUACACACAUUCGUAUUGUGUUUAGACCGUCAGCUAGUCUUGUCUGCAUUUGCCCUCAGGCCUUCUUCAGUCACGUGACUUCCAGGUCAUACCUUCAGUGUGUUGUGGUUCAAGUGAAGGCCAGUUCAAAGCGCGUCUGACCUGGCCGCCAUGUUGACCUUGGCACAUGAAGCGCAACACUGCCCUUAAAGAAACAAUGGUAUUUCCUGGUUGUGCCUUCAGUGAAGUCCUUUUAAAUAUUAAAACAAAACAAAAAAGUUAGCAUUGCUUGACUGGUCCACAGGCGUAACGUCCCUCAAGAACACAUUGUUGCAUUUACUCAUGAUGAAUAUGUUGACAAAAGUGCUGAUGACCAAUAACUUAGAAGGUGCCAAUUAUUGUUAAAGUGAUUUUGUGCUUUUUGAAUGGAAAGAAUGUAUCCUCCCUGUAGUGAAUGUACUCGUGUUUGAUGAAGCCAGCCUGAGAGGAAAUGCACUGGUCAGCGCUUCCUCCAUUUUGUGUCUUUGACUAACUCUCUUCGGAAGAAAAGAAAAAAAGCUUGUGCAUAUCUGUUCAUGGAGCACUGCAUGCUGAAUAAAAAUGACACAACAAAAGGGCCAAACAAUGAAAAUGUGCUUUAGUAAGAAUCAUGUGACUGUUCGUUAUUUUGAAUACACUGCAUUUUAUAAGCAGAUGUUAGGAUUUUUAUUGCACACGAAUGUCUUGGAAGACUACUACCAAUCACCCUUAACAGUUAUCACAGCAGUCCAAUAGAAACAUUUAUUUUCCUCGUAUGUAUGUAUUUUAUGUCACAACUAAGUCUAAAUGUCUUUAUGGGUCAUCAAUGGUGCUUUUUAUUUAUUUGGAUAUACAUGAUUGUAAUGAAUGUAC